UCUACACAAUCUGGAAAAAAGUUGCUAUUUUGUCAAAUAAUCUUGUCAAAAAGGAAUCGAAUUUAAUGCAAAAUGAACCAUAAAUGAGUAUUAAAUUAACCAGUAUAGGCUAUAGUAUCUAUCUACCGCCUGGCCUGUGUAGUGUGCGCCUUGGUGUUGUUGAAGAAGAUGGAGAAGAAGAGGAAGGCGAUGGGGGGAAUGGAAGAUGCAGAUUGGUGCAAGAAAGGAGCAGAGGUUGAAGUUAGCUUGGAAGACGAGGGUUUCAGAGGGUCGUGGUACACUGCCACGGUUCUCCGCACCGUUUCGAAGAAGAACAACAAGAUGUUCGUGGAGUUCCACACCCUGAUGUGUGACGACGAUGAUACCAAGCCCCUCCGCCAGUUCGUCAACUUCAUCCUCGCUCGCCCAAUUCCUCCCCGCGAGUCUGCCCGCUCGUUCGGCCUCAGCGAGGAGGUCGACGCUUUCCACUGCGACGGCUGGUGGGAGGGCAUUGUGACCGAGGUUGUUGAUGACUCUACCUACUCGCUCUUCUUCCGCUCCUCACGCGAGCAGAUUCAGUUCCCUCAGUCCCAGCUCCGCUUGCACCGCGAAUGGUUCCAUGGCCAGUGGGUCCCUUCCUUCCCCGACCCUCCUCCUUCUCCUUCCCAGUCCUGAGGUUUGUUCUCUUGAAGGCGUAUUUUUGCUGUCUGGAUGGAUUCCUGGCCUGCAAGACUGCUCUUUAAUUUGAUCCUAGCUAGGAAUGGAAUGAAGUGCCAAUAUAUAUUUGUAGAGUAUCAAUCUGUUGUCAACUAGUUGUGAGUUGUUAUUGCUCUAGAAUGUAAAUGGAGCAUAAAUGCUUAAUCGAUUGUACAACUUUUCAUCAGAUAAUUAAACAUUCAGACUUGGACCUCUGUGA